CACCGCUGAAACACGUGAGAAAACGUGCUGUAAGACUGCAGCGAUCAGAAUCUACGUGAUCGCGACUUAUGUGAACUAUAUCGCAGUACUUAACAUAAUCUGUCAACAUAAAAUUGACAGUAUUACCGUCGGAUGUAAAGGAGGAGAUUGAAGCUGAUCUGUUAAAAUGCCUGCGGUCACUUUAUUUGUCAAGAGGUUACCUGAUUCAGCCACCAAUGAACAUUUGGGGGAAAUAUUUUCAGAAAUAGGACCACUGAAGAAUUCCUUCGUUGUUAAAGAAAAAGGGGCUGAAACAUGUCGUGGCAUUGGUUAUGUUACAUUCGCCAUGGAAGAUGAUGCGCAGCGAGCUCUGAAAGAAGUCAAAGAGUACGACGGACAGAAGAUAGAUGUAGUCAUAGCUAAGAAAAAGCCAGAUAAUAAGAAAAGAUGGAAAACCAAAAAAAAAGAAGAAUCGGAAGAUACAGAAAUGGCAAAGGAACCUUCAGAAAUGGCAAAGGAACCUUCAGAAAUUGCAAAGGAACCAGCAGAAAUUGCAAAGGAACCAGCAGAAAUUGCAAAGGAACCAGCAGAAAGGCCACAAAAGUUUCAUUGCAUGAGAAAGAAUAAACUGAAGGCUAGGCUUAUAAUCAGAAACCUUAGUUUCAAGUGUACAGAAGAUGAUUUGAAGCAGAUCUUCUCUGAGUUUGGUGUGGUGCAUGAAGCAAAAAUUCCUUUAAAACCAGACGGGAAAAUGCGAGGUUUUGCGUUUGUGCAGUUUCAGAACAUGCCUCAGGCUGCUAAAGCUCUAGCAGCAAGCAACAUGAAGGAGAUUAAAGGCAGACAGGUAGCUGUGGACUGGGCCAUCUCAAAAGACAAGUACAUCACCACCCAAGCAGUGCCAUCAGCUGGAUCAAAAAAAGAAGUGACGGUGAAAACUGAGGAUGCAGAGCCCAAUAAUAAACAUGGUGCAAAGAACAAGCCCACAUUACAUCAGAAGACCCCAGACUCUGAAUCAGAAAAAGAUUCCGAGGACGACGACGAAGAUGAUGAUGGUGAUGAUGAAGAUGAACAGGACAGUGCUAAAGAAGAGGAGGAGGAAAAUGAAUCUGAUGAGAUGGACAGUGAAUCUGAAGAUGAUAAGUACAGUGAUGAAGAAAGCGAUGCUCAUCCAAAGAAGAAGAUAUCUCUUCCUUCUGAUGUGAACGAGGGAAGAACCGUUUUCAUCCGAAACAUGUCAUUUGACACAGAAGAGGAGGAUUUGGAAGAAGUUUUGCUGCAGUUUGGAGAAAUGAAUUGUGUCAAAGUGGUGAUGCACGCCAGCACUGGACACUCGAAAGGCUGUGCCUUUGCUCAGUUUAAAACUAAAGAAGCCGCAGAGAAAUGCAUAGCUGCCGCUCAGAAUGAGAAUGAGUCUGGUGGCAUAAGGCUCAAUGGCAGGAAGGUGUAUAUUGUGGGCGCCGUGAGCAGAGAUGAUGCUGUCAAAUUCAAGGUCAAGCAGUUAAAAACUCACACAGGCACCAGGAACCUCUAUCUCACCAGAGAGGGCUUGAUUCGUCCUGGAUCGAACGCUGCAGAAGCGGUUUCAGAAUCAGACAUGGCCAAGAGGAUAAGGUUUCAGGAGCUAAAAAGGCAAAAGUUAAAGGGAGUCAACGUGGUUGUGUCUAAAACACGGCUGUGUGUUCAUAACCUGCCUAAAAGAGUCCAGAAACCUGAAUUUCGCAAGAUCAGCCUCAGGGCCGCCGGGUAUAAAGGAGCUCGCAUCACUGAGUGCCAUGUGAUGUAUGACAAGAAGCCCAUUCGAGGUCAGGUGAUAGGUCAGUCUCUGGGAUACGGUUUUGUGGAGUUCAAAGAGCACGAACACGCCCUCCAAGCCCUGCGUCACCUUAACAACAACCCUGACAUAUUUGGAGCCCAAAAGAGACCCAUAGUUGAGUUUGCACUGGAAGACACUAGAAAACUGAAACUCAAAGCCAGACGUCUAGAAAACAGCAAGAAACAAGCUCAAAAAGACAGUUGCCAAGAAGAAGGGAAGACAAAACACAGUCCAGGAAAGAAGCAAAAUAAUUCAAUACGAGCAGGAAUUAUGGGUAAUGUAGGCAAACAGGAGAAGGCCCAGGGCAGCAAGUAUGCAGGCUUUAUGACCAAACCAGAAGUAGAGCAUAUCGAUCUGCCAGACGGCAAGAAACGACAGAAGGUUCUACCCAUGCCAUCACACAGUGGCCCAAAGAUCAGGAAACGUGAUAAAGGAAAACAGCCCGUACAACCCAAAAAAUUAAAGAAGGCACCCAGCAGGAAAGAGAGAACUAUGUCCUCCCUUCUUGAUAAACCCAACCAGAACAAGAAACAGAAUGCCAAACCUGCAAAAAGAAGGAUCAGGAACAGAGAAGAUGAUCGCUUCGACAGUUUAGUGGAACAAUACAAAAAGAAACUUAUGGGCAACUCGAACGCUAAGACUCAAGUUAAGAAAAGCAAAUGGUUUAGCUGAGUGUGUGUGUUUGAGAGAGCGAAUGUCUAAAACUGUUUAAGGACCAUCAAAAGAGUUUCUUAAUGUGAGGUAUUGUUUGGUUUCAGAAACACAUUUCAGUACGGAAACUCAAAUAUUUAACAGACUGUGUUGUGUUGUUUAUUACCUUUCGUGAAUUACAGUUGUUUAUUUUAUUAAGAAAGAUUCAUGCCAGUUGUUCUAUCGUGUUUCUUUCAACAUUGAGUCUACAAAGCCCCAUGUCAAGUCUUAUGUCAAUAUUGACUUUGCCUGGACCUUUUUGCUAUUAUUAUUUAACCCUUCAAAAUUGUAUGGUGUAAAAAUAAGUUAGUAUUAAUAGGGUUUACUUUUGUAAAGUGCUUUGGAUAAAAUGUGACCCUGGAUCACAAAACCAGUCUUAAGUAGCACGGGAACAUUUUUAGUAAAAGACAAAAAUACAUUGUGUGGGUCAAAAUUAUCUAUUUUUCUUUUAUGCCAAAAAUCAUUAGGAUAUUAAGUAAAGAUCAUGUUCCAUUAAGAUAUUUUGUAAAUUUCCUACCUUAAAUAUAUAAAACUUUAUUUUUGUGAGUGGAUGGUCUGCCACAGUGCCCCUGAUUAACAACUUCAAAGGCAAUUUUCUCAAUAUUUUGAUUUUUUUGUGCUCUCAGAUUCCUGAGUUUUAAACGGUUGUAUCUCAGCCAGAUAUUGUCCUAUUCUAACAACUCAUAUAUCUAUAGAAAGCUUAUUUAUUCAGCUGUAAAAAUCUCAAUUUCGAAAAAUUGACCCAUAAGACUGGUUUUGUUGUCCAGGGUCACAAAUCAUCUGUUAAAUGUAAACAUAAAAGUUAGACAAUAUCUAAAAAUCAGAGAUACAACAAAAUCUAUCAGGUUUCAUUAGACAAUGGUCAUAUAUCAUUAAUUACUAGCAUAUGAGAUGUAAACAAAAUUGUUCAUAUUAAAUGUUGAAUUUUUAAAAACAAAUUAUGAUAUGCCACUAACAGGUAUUUGUAGGUCAUUUAUACAAAAAACUGCUUUUGACAUUUAAAACAAAUGCCCAGUGCUACGUUUGUCAUUAAGUGUUUUGCUGAAAAAGUGAUGACCAGAAUCUGUUUCUGGUGUUUGUGAAGUUUUUUUGAUUUGAUAAUUCAGAAGUGAAGUUGCACAUCAAAGCUACAAUAAAUAGCAAUCGUUGUUAAACAUC